AUGGCCUCCUCCCUCCAGCAGUUCAACGCUCCAGCCCAACUUAGCGUUGGCUGUGAACUUCUUGAGGAUAACCUUGAUCCCCUCAUCCAGAUCAUCAAUAAAGAUAUUAAAGAGGGUAUCAGGCAACAGCAUAUCAAUGAUGCUCCUUCUAUGGGAUCUUUUCCUAAUUGGAGAUCUAUACUAUCACCAACACGGCCUUCCACAGAAACUAAGACUCCCUCAGCAGCUGAUAUUUCUCUGGGACAGACUUUGGAGAACGCAGACUUGCUUCAGAUGAUAAAAACAACGCUGACUGGCGCACGUACCAGGACUUUGGAUCAGAUGCACCUGGCACCCUCCCUCUAUCAAGGCAGUGGGAACAGUGCACCUCAGGAACCCGCUGAGGUUUCAGCUGAAUCGCCUCUGAGGCCGUCGUCUCAAGACACAGAUGACACAGCUGCUCUAACAGUGUUAUCUGGAGUAUCUUCUGGUGCAAUACCUACAGUAGAAACUUCAGAAGCAAAACCACUAACAAGGAAAUCACCUCCAGCUUCACCAGUGCCAGCUUCUUCCUUCUUUUCUCUAGGCACUGAAAACACACCUUUGCCAUCUGUGAUGGCUUUAAGCACACCGAUACUGACACUAACAAAAAAUAACACUGCCACAAAAGCGACAUUGGAUCUAAGCUCAGUAGGAGCACAGGCAGAUUUUCCUUUUGCAACGAGAAACACGACUGCCUCACCUCUGGACAUGCCAGCUCUGCUCGUAACCCCCAAGAGCAGCACGGUCACAGCUUCCACACUCACAGCACCCACAGCCCAUGUACCGAGGCAGAUAGAAACAACAGUAACUGACACCCAGAAGUUCCCGCGCUCAGACAUCACCAAAACGCCAACCCCAUACCCACUGACAGUGACAGCAGCUUUGACAUCUAUUACAGCAUCAGCGAAAACAACUAGGCUUCCCCCCUCCGCAGUGGAACUCACCCCAGCUCCUCCCGACACCACGGCAGCAGCCGCUUUCGCUAACAUGACGGCAGCUCCCUCCCUGGAUUGCCGGCUCUCUGCCAACAUGAUGGUGAAAACAGUUCUGUUUCUGAACACAAGGAGGAUGAUGAUCAGCAAUGCCUUCAGGGAGAGUGUGAGAAAAGGCCUCAACCAAGUGCUGAGACAAGCUUUCAACCAGAACGUCAGCGCUCAGGUGGAAAUCCUGGAGCAGUCGAGUAACCUCACGGUUGGUUACUACGUGACGAGGGGCAGGCUGGUUUUCACGCCGGCUGCGGUCACUGAGAAGCUGCUCGCCUACGGCAUCGGCAACGCCACGGCAGACAUGAAGCAGCACGUGCCACACCUGCAGGCUGUGGUGGCCCUGGCCCUGCCCUGGCAGCCCCUGCCUGCCUACCACUUCCAGCUGAAGACGGAGCUGCAGUUUGUGGGCCAAACUGACAAUAUUCAGUCAUGCAAAUUUGUUCAGACCAUGGAACAGAGACUCCAAAGGGCAUUUCAGGAUGCUGAAAGAAAGGUCCUCAACACCAGCAACAACUUAACUGUUCAGAUAUUGAACACCUCCAACGUCUCCCAAGCUGUCACUCUGUUUUACGUAGUGAAAAAUCAAAGCACAACUCUAAAUGGCACUAUUUCCAGCAACCUUCUUAAUCAGCUGUCAGCUGAGCUGGUGGGUUUCUACCUCACCUACCCACCUCUCACCAUUGCUGAGUCUUUGGAGUAUCCAAACCUUGAUGUCUCGGAAUCAACUAGAGACUACUGGGUGAUAACAGUCAUCCAAGGGGUUGAUAUUGCUUUGCUGGGGCUGAACAACCAGAGCUUUGCCAGACUGAUGGAGCAGCGCUUGGCCCCGCUGUUCAUGAUGUCCCACCAGCAGGGAAGGCGGUUCAGACGUGCCACUACCGUGGGCAGCUACACCGUGCAGAUGGUAAAAAUUCAACGUAUUCCAGGACCCAAGGAGCCAGCUGAACUGACAUAUUACACUUUGUACAACGGGAAGCCUUUGCUGGGCACUGCAGCUGCCAAAAUUUUGAGUACAGUUGACUCCCAGAGGAUGGCCCUGACCCUGGGCUACGUCAUCCAAGUUCAAGCUGAUCCUGUGGUGAAGAACCCCCCAAACAACCUGUGGAUCAUCGCAGCUGUGCUGGCUCCCAUCGCCGUGGUCACCGUCAUCAUCAUCAUCAUCACCGCCGUGCUGUGCAGGAAGAACAAGAACGACUUCAAACCAGACACCAUGAUGAACCUGCCUCAGAGAGCCAAGCCAGUACAAGGCUUUGACUAUGCCAAGCAACACUUGGGCCAGCAGGGAGCAGAGGAUGAGGUUUUACCUGUGACUCAGGAGACUGUCAUCCUUCCACUUCCAGUCAGAGAUGCUCCUGCCUCCCAGGAGAGAGAAACUACCCAGGAUGGGAGCACCAUCAAAACUGCCAAAUCCAACGAAACAAGGAAAAGCCGGUCCCCGAGCCAGAACGGCUCCAUCCUCAGCAAUGGGUCGGGAAAGCCCAGCUCUGGCCGGAGCUCGCUGCAGAAAGUGAUGGCACCGCAGAAAGCGGCGAAAGACGAGGGGAGGAAGAGGAACGGUUUUACAUCUUCAUAGAAAAUUGUGGCCGUGAGUGAUGAAGAGGAAGGAGGGAUUCUCUUUGAUAACAUGGCCAAGUCUGCCAUCGACCCCUUCGACACCUCCUCGGGCUCGGUGCAGCUCAUCGCCAUCAAACCCGUGGCUCUCCCUGCUGUCCACGCUGCUUCAGAGAGGAGCCAGGAGUCUGCCAUCAUCAAUGGAGAGGUGAACAAGGCUUUGAAGCAGAAGUCUGAUAUAGAGCACUACCGCAACAAGCUGCGCCUGAAAGCCAAGAGGAAAGGCUACUAUGAUUUCCCACAGGUUGAUAAUAGCAAGGCGCUGACAGACAGAAAAAGGAUGUAUGAGAAAAACCAGAAAGAGCUUGACCACAUUUUGGAUCCAGAUGCAGAUGUCUCAUCUCCAUUUGCUGAGCCUAAGAACAGGCAGCCACUGAAGAGCUCAGUUUACAGGAGCAGGCAGUCCCUGAACAGUCCCAGCCCAGGGGAGACUGAGAUGGAUCUUCUGGUGACCCGAGAAAGGCCCAGACGUGGCAUUCGGAACAGUGGAUAUGAUACCGAGCCUGAAAUUAUAGAAGAAACAAACGUUGACCGCGUCAACGAGCCGCGGAACUACGGCCGGGCGCGGCAGGCCAAGGGCCACUCGGAGACGUCGACGCUGAGCUCGCAGCCGUCCAUCGACGAGGUGCGGCAGCAGAUGCACAUGCUGCUGGAGGAGGCCUUCAGCCUGGCCUCUGCUGGCCACGGGGGCCAGCCCCGGCAGGACGCCUACGGCUCGGCCCCACACCUGCCCUACAGCGAGGUGGUGACCAGCGCCCCGGGCACCAUGAACCGGCCGCGGGCGGGCGUGCAGUGGGUGCCAACCUACAGGCCAGAAAUGUACCAGUACAGCUUGCCAAGGCCCGCUUAUAGAUUUUCUCAGCUUCCUGAGAUGGUAAUGGGUUCUCCUCCCCCUCCUGUCCCUCCCAGAACGGGUCCUGUGGCUGUUGCCUCUCUCAGGAGGUCCACAUCAGAUAUUGGCAGCAAAGUGAGAAUACCUGAGUCCAGUGGAGCAGACCAGGCCCAGCAUCACGAUCAGACGCCUUUCGCGCCGGGUUCGAGAGCUCCCAUGUCUGUUGGGCCGCUCGAUCAAUCGGCUUUUCACUCAGGAAAUACAGUACCAGCAGUGUUUGCCAUUCCAGCCAACAGACCUGGCUUCACUGGCUAUUUCAUCCCAACUCCUCCCACUGCCUACAGGAACCAAGCCUGGAUGCCCUAUGCUGGAGAGAAUGAGUUGCCAGGGCAGUGGGCAGACUCUGUCCCGCUUCCCGGCUACAUCGAGGCGUACCCGAGGCCCCGCUACCAGCACAGCUCCCCAUCCCGCCUGCCCCGGCAGUACAGCCAGCAGGGCAGCCUGCACCCCAGCCUGGAGCAGGCUCCCCUGGCCUCCGCCGCCGCCUCCCAGCAGAGCCUGGCCGACAACGAGCCCUCCGACGCGCCGCUCACCAACAUCUCCACGGCCGCCCUCGUCAAGGCAAUAAGAGAAGAAGUGGCCAAGCUGGCCAAGAAGCAAACAGAUAUGUUUGAGUUCCAGGUCUAAUGUAUCUCCUGUGCACAGUGUUUGUACCUUGCGACCUGGGGUAGCCAAGAAAGUGACUCCUUUAAUUUUCAGCUACAAAUCUUCUGUGAAUUGUGCCAAAGCGAUGGCAUUUUAAUCUGUCCGAAAAGCCAACGCUACGAAAUGACUUCAAGCAGAGCAACAGGACUCUGAAGAUGUGAAAUUCUGCUUUCCAGCUAAGGAAAAGCUGCCAGGAAACUGUUUCAUACUGCUGAGAUCAGCCAUAUGCAAUUGUUUGUCACUUCGCUCUGGUAUUAUGACCCAUCAUCACUAAGAUGCUGCUGAACGUGUCUGCGCCACAAGAAGUUUCAUUUGCAGGCC